GAUUCUAUUAUUAGAUGUGUGGCUUGCCCAGGACAUGAGUACAGAUGAGUUUUCACGAAUAUUGCCUGUUAUUGCAAGUUAUUUAGUAGUAUUGGCUGAGCUCCACAAGGCCGGUUGUAUUCUGACUGGAUGUGCUCGUGGCAAGGAAGAUUUCCAACUGAUACCAUACAGCGCUCAAAAUGGAUCAGGGCUGUUAAUCGUGUGGACCCCAGAAGCAAAAAGAUUUGGAUCCCAGGACCAGGUGCUAUACUAUGUUCCAAACAUUUUCAAGAAAGUGACUUUGAGUCAUAUGGCAUAAGAAGAAAGCUGAAAAAAGGAGCUGUGCCUUCUGUUUCUCUAUACAAGGUUCUUCAAGGUGUACACCUUAAAGGUAAAGCAAGACAGAAAAUCCUAAAACAGCCACUUCCUGAUAAUUCUCAAGAGGUUGCUACUGAGGACCAUAACUACAGUUUAAAAAGACCUCUGACAGUUGGUGCAGAGAAACUAGCUGAGGUGCAGCAGAUGCUACAAGUGUCCAAAAAAAGACUGGUUUCUGUAAAAAACUACAGGAUGAUCAAGAAGAGAAAGGGCUUACGAUUAAUUGAUGCACUUGUAGAAGAAAAACUACUUUCUGAAGAAACAGAGUGUCUGCUACGAGCACAGUUUUCAGAUUUUAAGUGGGAAUUGUAUAAUUGGAGAGAAACAGCUGAGUACUCCACAGAAAUGAAACAGUUUGCAUGUACACUCUACUUGUGCAGUAGCAAAGUCUAUGAUUACGUAAGAAAGAUUCUCAAGCUGCCUCAUUCUUCCAUCCUCAGGACAUGGCUAUCUAAAUGCAAACCCAGUCCAGGCUUCAACAGCAACAUUUUUUCUUUUCUUCAGCGAAGAGUAGAGAACGGAGACCAACUCUAUCAGUAUUGUUCACUGAUAAUAAAAGGCAUAUCUCUCAAGCAACAACUUCAGUGGGAUCCCAGCAGUCACCAUUUACAAGGGUUUAUGGACUUUGGCCUCGGCAUACUUGAUGCCGAUGAAACGCCCCUCGCGUCCGAAACUAUUCUGUUAAUGGCAGUGGGUAUUUCUGGUCACUGGAGAACGCCUCUCGGUUAUUUUUUUGUUAACAGGGCAUCUGGAUAUUUGCAGGCUCAGCUGCUUCGUCUUAGCAUUGGCAAACUGAGUGACAUAGGGAUCACAGUUCUGGCUGUCACCUCCGAUGCUACAGCUCACAGCGUUCAGAUGGCCAAAGCACUGGGGAUACAUAUUGAUGGGGACAACAUGAAGUGUACAUUUCAGCAUCCCUCAUCUUCUAGUCAGCAGAUUGCAUACUUCUUUGACUCUUGCCACUUGCUCAGAUUAAUAAGAAAUGCAUUUCAGAAUUUUCAGAGCAUUCAGUUUAUUAAUGGCAUAGCACAUUGGCAGCACCUUGUGGACCUGGUGGCGCUGGGGGACCAGGAAUUAGCAAACAUAGAAGGACUCCCACGAAAACUUGCAAAUUUGAAACACCACGUGCUGAAGACUAACUGUGCUGCCCAGCUGUUCAGUGAGAGCGUGGCCAGCGCAUUGGAGUGCUUGCUGUCAUUAGGUCUGCCUCCUUUUCAAAACUGUAUUGGUACUGUCCAUUUUUUACGCUUAAUUAACAAUCUAUUUGACAUUUUUAAUAGUAGGAACUGUUAUGGAAAGGGACUUAAAGGACCUCUACUGCCUGAAACUUACAGUAAAAUCAAUCGUGUGUUAAUUGAAGCCAAGACUAUCUUUGUUACAUUAUCUGACGCUAGCAACAAUCAAAUAAUUAAAGGUAAGCGAAAACUAGGAUUCCUGGGAUUUUUGCUUAACGCGGAGAGCUUAAAAUGGCUCUAUCAGAAUUACGUUUUCCCAAAAGUCAUGCCUUUUCCAUAUCUUCUGACUUAUAAAUUCAGUCAAGAUCAUCUGGAAUUAUUUCUCAGGAUGCUUAGACAGGUAUUAGUAACCAGCUCUACCCCUACCUGUAUGGCAUUCCAGAAAGCUUACCACAAUUUGGAGACCAGAUACAGAUCACAAGAUGAAGUUUUUCUAAGUGAAGUAAGCAUCCUUGACAUUUCAAUUGCUCGAAGGACAGACUUGGCACUCUGGACUGUUCAGCGUCAGUAUGGUGUCAGCAGUAUGAAGACUCUUUUUCACAAAGACGAUAUUUGCCGAGACUGGUCUAAUUGUUCGCUAAGUGAGGCGUUGCUAGAUCUGUCAGAUCACCAGCGAAAACUCACCUGUUGUGCCAGUUAUGUUGCAAAUAAGUUAUCAGCUCUUUUAACUUGUGAGGAGUGCAUCAGUGCACUCUAUGCAUCAGAUCUCAAGGUUGCUAAAAUUGGGUCUCUCUUGUGUGUUAAAAAGAAGAAUGGUUUACAUUUCCCUUCACAAAGUCUAUGUCAAGUCAUAAAUAUUUGUGAUCGAGUUGUAAGAACCCAUUCAAGAAUGGCAGUCUAUGAACUACUUCCUAAACAGAGAGAAUUGUAUCUUCAGCAGAAAAUUUUAUGUGAGCUUUCUGGGCAUAUUUAUCUUUUUGUAGAUUUAGAUGAGCAUCUCUUUGAUGGAGAAGUGUGUGCCAUCAAUCACUUUGUAAAGUUACUAAAGGAUAUAAUAAUCUGUUUCUUAAAGAUCAGAGCUAAAGAUGUAGCUCAGUACCCUUUAAAACACCGUUCAGAAAGAAUUGAAAUGAAAACCUUUUCAAGGAAACACUGGUCAUCUUUACAGGAUUACAGAUGUUCAAGUUCUGCUAAUACCAAUAAAUUCAGGCAUUUGUUAAGUAAUGAUGGAUAUCCAUUCAAAUGAGGCACCUAAAAUAAAAGUUUCACGAAGAAUUGUUGGUCAACAUUUAAAGUUCAACCUACCAUAUUUUAUAAAUUGACCAUUCUGCACAGUGACAAGUUUGUAAUUCUGACUUAUUAGAAUUCCUAAUUAUGCAUUUUAUAAAAUCUGCUUGUACUUUGGUAUGGUUUGCAACAUUUCAGUUACUCAGAAUGUAGGAAGCAGUAAGUCAGUAGGAGCAGACCAGCCAACAGAUGCUGCCUUUGAAUAUACGACUGUAAGACUGAGUAACAUGACUAGACAGACUUUUCAACUUGUCCAGUCUGCUUUAAAACAAGAGAAUAACAACAACUAAGAGUCAUUAAAACAUUGACUUCUUUUAUAAAUAGACUUCAUUCCCUAAAAGAGCUUUGGUUUACAGCUCUUAAGAAUGUUGACAGGAAAAAAAAAAAAAA